UGGCUGCAAAUAUUUUACUGAAUUAUCUAAUUAUAAUAAUGCCCAUAAUCAUAUUCAAUUCCGUACCCUGAGGCCCCUCUCCUCCUGCCUUGGUAGUUGAGGUAGAGUUCUUUAUUAAACUUGAGUUUGGCAUUUUUGAGACCUGAGCUUUCCAUGACAUGCUUUAUUUCUUUGAUAAAUUGUCUAUUAAUAUUCAGAAAUUCUAUCUCAUUUAAGCUUUCUUUGAUACCUGCUGAAGCUAGUUGAUUGAAAAAAAUGUCGAGCCAAGUAUAAGUCAAAAUCUGAUUUGUUGGAUUUGAAUAAGGAAAGAUCUGAGAAAGAGAGGAUUUGGAGUUGAUGAGUCCCACUUCAGCAUAGAGUAAAGUUUGUUAUUUCUUUGAUAGUUCAGUUUCUGAACUGAAUAGUGUUCACUUUGUUCGCAGACUCAAAAAUUUCACUCAGACUAUCACCUGUAAUCACUAGAUUCUCAAGCUUCAUUUGGGAGAUUGUAUUUUCUAUAAAUCUUAGCAUAGUUCUAUCAAAUUUCUGUGGUUUUUCAUCCUCUACUAUGAUCGAAAGAUUGCGUAUCUUAUUUGGCCUCGAAAUGAAUGAAAACUCAUCAAAUAAUUCACUGGUAUAAACUUUAUUUGACACAUAGAGGUGUAGGGAUUUCAUAUCUGGCAUCUUGUAAAACUUUGCUUUAUAUAGAAGUUUAAACAUCUGAUCUUCAUUCAUCUUGAGUCCGAAGUUAAGGAUCCCUUCUCGUUUAAACAACUCAAGUUUAAAAGCAGUAAGUUGCUCACGAAAUAUCCUUCAGAGCUGCUCUUGGCUAUCAUACAAUAAAUUAGCUAUUUUUCAAAAAUCUCUAAAUUGUGUCGGUACAUUUUCAGGUGGGUCUUACUCAGUCUAGUCAGUAGCCACUCCCAUUGCUCAGGGUAUCCAAAAUAAGGAACUAUUUUAGCGGUGAUUUGGA